GUCUGCGGCAGAGCCUCUCGCCGAGUUGGGGCCGGGCCGGCGCGGGGACUGGGCCGGGGGCUGAACUAGCGCGUCCCCGCCGGCACCACUCCGCCUUCGCGCGGGGCCCGAGUCUCUCUGCUGCUUCGGCCGCUCCGCUGUCCCCGCUGCCGCCAUGAGGAACAUCUUCAAGAGGAACCAGGAGCCCGUGGUGGCUCCUGCCGCCACCACGGCCACCAUGCCUGUUGCGCCCGUGGGGCCCGUGGGGCCCGUGGACAACUCCACGGAGAGCGGGGGAGCCGGUGAGAGCAAGGAAGACAUGUUCGCGAAGCUGAAGGAGAAGUUCUUCAACGAGAUGAACAAGAUCCCCCUGCCGCCCUGGGCGCUGAUCGCCAUCGCUGUGGUGGCCGGCCUGCUGCUGCUCACCUGCUGCUUCUGCAUCUGCAAGAAGUGCUGCUGCCGGAAGAAGAAGAACAAGAAGGAGAAGGGCAAGGGCGCCAAGAACGCCAUGAGCAUGAAGGACAUGAAGGGCGGGCAGGACGAUGACGACGCAGAGACCGGCCUGACGGAGGGGGAGGGGGAGGGCGAGGAGGAGAAGGAGCCCGAGAACCUGGGCAAACUGCAGUUCUCCCUGGACUACGACUUCCAGGCGAACCAGCUCACGGUCGGCGUCCUGCAGGCGGCCGAGCUGCCGGCCCUGGACAUGGGAGGCACCUCGGACCCUUAUGUCAAAGUCUUCCUCCUGCCAGACAAGAAGAAGAAAUACGAGACCAAAGUCCAUCGGAAGACGCUGAACCCGGCCUUCAACGAAACCUUCACCUUCAAGGUCCCGUACCAGGAGCUGGGCGGCAAGACCCUGGUGAUGGCCAUCUACGACUUCGACCGCUUCUCCAAGCACGACAUCAUCGGGGAGGUGAAGGUGCCCAUGAACACGGUGGACCUCGGCCAGCCCAUCGAGGAGUGGAGGGACCUGCAGGGCGGGGAGAAGGAGGAGCCAGAGAAGCUGGGCGACAUCUGCACCUCCCUGCGCUACGUGCCCACGGCCGGGAAGCUCACCGUCUGCAUCCUGGAGGCCAAGAACCUGAAGAAGAUGGACGUGGGCGGCCUUUCAGACCCCUACGUGAAGAUCCACCUGAUGCAGAACGGCAAGAGGCUGAAGAAGAAGAAAACGACGGUGAAGAAGAAGACGCUGAACCCCUACUUCAACGAGUCCUUCAGCUUCGAGAUCCCCUUUGAGCAGAUCCAGAAAGUCCAGGUGGUGAUCACGGUGCUGGACUACGACAAGCUGGGCAAGAACGAGGCCAUCGGCAAGAUCUUCGUGGGCAGCAACGCCACGGGCACGGAGCUGCGGCACUGGUCCGACAUGCUGGCCAACCCGCGCCGGCCCAUCGCCCAGUGGCACUCGCUGAAGCCCGAGGAGGAGGUGGACGCCCUGCUAGGCAAGAACAAGUAGCGGCGGCGGCGGCCGCGACUCGCGCCGCCGGCUCGGACUCCGACGAGACCCAGAGCUACCGAUACCUCAGUCACGCACCUUAGAAGCCCCCCCCUCCAUCGUCCGCGGCCGUGUCCUCGUCCCCCCCGUCCACCGCCGUGAGACUGGCUUCCCUCCGGUGGCCCCGCGACGGGGAGAGAAGCCUGGCUCUCGUCGCUGCCCAGGAGCUGCCCCCUGCAUGCCCUGCUGCGGCCCCCCCGGCCACAGCUCCGCUCACGCCGCAGGAGCGGGCCCUCUCGUGGCCGACGGUCGCCGCGUGGCCCCCGCCGUUGCGUGUUCGGGACCAGGGAACGGCAGCACUUCCUGUUUCCUGUUGGGGGAGGUGCCUAGUGGCCAGCGAUCCCCGUGCAUGCGUGUGCGUGUGGGUGCGUGUGCGUGUGAGCGUCUUUCCGCGCCCCGGGAAGGAGCCACGGAUGGUGGAUUUCUGUGGGAGCAGGAGGCUCUUCGGGGACCCCGACUGGAAGGGGGUCCUUGGCCUAAGCGGGAGGUCGGCUGCAGACGGGGCUCAGGCCGCUAGGCUACCCGCAGGGCCUCCCUCCCUGUGGGCGGCCGCUUGGGGCGGAGCCUGGACUUGUGCCGAGCGAGGACCACCCCUGACAUCGCUG